AUGAUUGACUUCCUUGGUUACUUUUCAGCCACAAGGGAGUUUUUUGAGGCUGGCUACGGUGUAGGCCGCAUUCCGGCUGAUUUGCUUGCACCUGAGAUCGACUCUCAACUUGAACAGUUGGGCAGUCUGCCGAAAUUGAUCAAGAACAUUUUGGUUAAUGAACAUGAUGCUGUUGUUAAUCAAGGAAAAUUGGCUAUCUUACCGUCGAGAGUUACUGUGCACGACAUUGUGGAGAAAUAUGUAGAAUUUGUGGAGUUACAUUAUGGUAACAAAGCAGUAGAAAUCGAGCACGACAGUGGUGUAACAUAUCUGGCCAGCAAUGAAAUAUUAAUUAGAACAGCGAGGGCAUUGCGAGACUAUUUUGACAUCCUACUUCCUUACCAGUUAUUAUACAAAUUUGAACGCCUGCAGUUUAAUACUGAUGGAGGUCCUCUCCGACCUGACAUCAUCCGUUCAUCCAAAUUUUAUGGUUUGGCUCAUCUGCUCCGCAUGCUGGUCAAGCUUCCUGCCCUCCUCCGUGUAGUCGCUUGUGGACAGGCUGGCUUAAUGGAUCGAAUUGCUUGUAUUCACGAUUUUGUUGCAUUUGUUCGUCAAAACGCUCCUUACAUACUUGAUUUGAGUGUUGACUACAAGGAAGCUUCCCCGGAAUAUGUUAAAAGCGUUGGGUCAAGUUAG